AAGAGUGGAUAAAAGGAGCUGUGGUGAAAAACACAAAUGAUGAAAAUAUAUUACUCCAAACUGCAGUCAGGAUUACUAGAACAUUAAAAUACAAGACACCCUUUUCCUUUUUUCGAUUUUCUUCUGCUUUAAGAUGGCUCAUUAAUCGAUAAAUCCAAGUGCUGGAGCCCUAGAUUUUGGAAAAACAAGUAAAUGGGUUGUCUAAAAAUGGGUUCUUGGCAUCUGGGUCAGUAUUAAAAUCUUGGGGGGGCUGUUGCAGUUUGUGGGUUAAGUGAUUUUUCAAGAAAUAUAGUGAAAAAUUUAAGGACGGGAUGAUUUCCUCAACUGUGCUCUGUAAUGUCUGAUAUUUCAUGAUUUUUUUUCCUUUCUUUUUGUACUCCGGCAUUGUUAAAUGUUAGUUAUUUCUAGUGAAUGGUGUUGAUUUUUGCUGUGUUUUUGAAUCAAUGGCUAGGCGUCAUGGUUGGCAACUCCCUGCUCACUCCUUUCAGGUGGUAGCUAUAACAGUCUUUUUCCUAUUAUCUGUUGCUUUCUAUGCGUUUUUUGCUCCUUUUCUUGGAAAGGACAUCUAUGAGUACAUAGCCACUGGCAUUUAUUCCUUCCUGGCACUCUCUGUAUUUAUCCUUUAUGCGAGAUGCACAGCUAUUGAUCCUGCUGAUCCUGGAAUUCUCAUUGAACCUGACAAGACAUCAGCUUAUGGAUCACAUGUUGGGACAGAGUUGCCUGGUAAUUUAUCCACAACUGAAGAGCCAACCAAAGUAGGAUUGAGGAAUGGUGGGAAAUCUUACAGGCAUGACACAGGUUGCUGUUCGAAAGUUGGAGGUUGCCUUUGUGGUUUUCUUGUGAAGGAGGACUGCCGCAAGGAUGAAGAUCAUCUGCAGGAACAAAAUGCUGAGGAGGAUGCUUUGUUCUGCACAUUGUGCAAUGCUGAGGUGCGCAAGUUCAGCAAACAUUGCAGAAGUUGUGACAAAUGUGUUGAUGGGUUUGAUCAUCAUUGCCGGUGGCUGAAUAAUUGUGUGGGCAGGAAAAACUACAUCACAUUUGUUUGCUUAAUGGCUGCUAGCCUUCUCUGGCUUGUAUUUGAAUGUACGGUGGGCAUUGCUGUUCUUGUUCGCUGUUUUGUCGACAGAAAAGCGACUGAGAAUGAAAUUGUUGACAGGCUAGGAGAUGGAUUUUCUCGCCCACCAUUUGCUACUGUGGUGGCCCUGUGUACAGCCGUUUCUUUUCUUGCAACUGUCCCUUUGGGAGAAUUGUUCUUUUUCCAUAUCAUUCUUAUCCGAAAGGGCAUCACAACUUAUGAAUAUGUCGUUGCUAUGAGGACCCAAAGCGAACCUCCUGGACCUUCCAUAGAAGGAGGAGAUCAACAAAGUUUGCCUUCUUCACCAACUAGUUCUGCUGUGACGGCCAUUAGUGGAAGAAGCUCAGUCGGGAUGGGCCUGCAAUAUAAAGGUGCUUGGUGUACUCCACCUAGGAUAUUCAUGGAUCAUCAGGAUGAAAUUGUUCCUCACCUUGAGCCAGGGCGACUACCGUCAACGGUUGAUCCGGAUGCCGUACAACCUCACAAAGGGAAAAAAGUAUCUCAACGUCCCAUCAGAAUCAGUGCCUGGAAGCUCGCAAAACUGGACUCCAACGAGGCGAUUAAAGCGGGCGCAAAAGCCAGAGCUUCAUCAUCUGUUUUACGUCCUGUCGGUUCCAGACCUCACCAUUACGACGCCGACCAUUUAUCGAGCACCACUAUGAGCGGCAAAAGCAGUCCACUUAGCACAAGGCAAGGAUACUACGAAACUAAUUCCAGAGCUGGGACGUCAAGGCUAUCACCAACCAAGAGCUCGUAUCCCCCCAGUCGAGCUAGCCGGGACGACACCGACACGUGCGGACACAGUAUCAGCAACUUGAGUAGCCCUCUUGCCAUGAAUCUCACUCCAUCGCCCUUGGCACAGAGUUGUUCAACCAGAGACCAUUUCAACCCAAUAUAUCAAUCAUCAACCGUGCAGUCGCCAUUAUCAGCAAGAGCAGGCGACACAAGCGAAGCCCCAGUUGGCGACAACGUGGGACGAGCUCCAAUGAGGAGAAACAACCCCGGCCUUACAGAAACAACAAAAGCAUCAGUAUAUUGGGAUCCAGAAGCCGGCCGUUUUGUCUCUGCUGCAACAAGAAACAUAGGUUCUUCAUCUGCAACAGAGCUAACAUACACAGGGCAAUCAAUUUUCUUCGGAGGUCCCCUCGUGAACGAGCAGGUGAGUCGAGGGACAAGAUCUGGAAGCUCGACAAUGUCAGCCGGUCCACAGAGAAGUUCGACCACAAGUUAUUAUCAGCAGGGCAGAUCGCAGCGUGGGGGUCAGCUUCCUGUAUUUGUCCCCAGUGAUUCCCAGCAGCAAAACCAAUUUUCAUCUCGGUUGGAAUAACGUUUGAUUUGAGCAUUAGUUGUUUCUUGAGAGUAGAAUUAGCUUUUUACAAUGUUAAUUUCCCAUAAUAUGUUUACUUUUACAUUUUUAUUUUUAUUUCUUCCUGUUAAUUUUCUCCUUUAGCUUAUUUUUCGGUACGUAAUAAUAGUUGCCGCCGUCCUGAGCCU